AUGUGCCACACCAUAGCUUUCAAGUUGCCCUGCGAGCAUAUCCAGACUCAUAUCGAAUAUUGCUCCAAGGCUUCGACAUCCUCGAAAAAAGAUCCAUCCAAACGCAAAACCUGCAGAGAUGUCACUCAACAAAACAUUCCGUACCCUCCUCCCCCAGGCUAUGACCAGAGAGCCUUGCCAAAGUGCCCUUUGGAAGACUGCCCAUACGAAAGCCGCAACAGAUGCUGGAACUGCUGCUGGUGUGGCAAGGGUUGGAACGAUGGAGGCAGAUGUAGCUGCAUCAUGAUCAUUGACGGAAACCAGUACCGCUGCGAGCAUAUCUGCUGCUCGACAUGUACUGCCGCCAUGGAUGGUUGA